AUGGAGCGGAGUCUAAGCGCCGGCAAAGUCGCAUGGUCUCAUCGACCACAAGUCACAGCGCAGUGCCUUCUCCACUACGAGAUACUUGAUGAGCUGGCAGAAUUCAAGUUGAUUCUCGGCCUCUAUGUCCACGUAUUACUCUUGUGGGGAACCAGUCCCAAGGGAUUUGACUGUCUACCUAGUGAACUUGUGGUUCGUAUUCUCGAGUAUUGUGGAUAUCCAGAUAUCUUGCGAUUCUCCCAAACAUGUCGAGAUCAUUACUUGCUUGUAGAAAGUUCUACCCGUCUUCGCUUACAGAUUGAAAUCGGCGCCAAUGGACUUCAGUGGCCUUAUCGGUGGCUUGCCGCUGGAGGACAGUCUCAAGAAUUGCUGGAAAAGUUGGUUCAAUGUCGGGAUGAUUGGCUUGAUCUACGCCUAGCCGCUGGCGUAUCCCUCCCACGGACGACUUCGAGCCAGCGAUUCACGCUCUGGGAAUUACGUCGGGGUGUGUUUGCUAGUGCAUUCUCCGUAGGAGAACACCGACACUUGGAGGCGGACGCGCUCAAGAUGAUUGCUCUCGACUCACCUGUUACCGAAUGGACUCUCAGGUUUGAUACGACGUUUCACGAAUUGACCAUCGAUCCAUCUCAAGACUUGCUGGUUCUCGCUGUUACUCAGACUUUAAACCCGCAUCUGCACUACCUCGACAUUAGCCUUCGUUCACUCCGAACUGGGCUUGCACACCCAUCCGCCAGACUUGGAAUUAUUCCUUUUCGGGUUCCAUUCUCCCUCUCUCCCCACCAUAUCUACAGCACAGUAUCCCUAUCUGUCACCAACGAUGUACUUCUCGUCAGCCUAAUCGCCAAUACGACCGAGCUGUAUUCCAACGUAUUGGCUAUCGACUGGAAAGCCGGAGUACUUUUACUCCAAACAUCUUGGCGCCUUGGUCUGUGUAGCGCAACACUACUUCACAACAAUUGUCUUUUGGUUUUUGAAGCCGUUAUUUCUAACACGGACGAAAUGGGGGAAGCUGUAACUGGAAAGCCCGAUUCGCUGGGACUCCUAGUUUACGAUCGCAUGCGGACUCCUGAAGCCUACGAGCACGAUACCAUCCAAUCCCGUAUCCACUUGUUGAAUGUAUCCUUCCGGGUCGAAUCUAUGAGAUUUGAAUUCCCCACACUUGCAACGAACGUUUGGAUUCUUGCCAGUGAUUUUUUGGUCCGUGCUGCUCCUGUAUCCGAUCAUGCUCUUUAUCACACGCCAGAUUUUGUGCCCGAUUAUGCGUGCCGUACUCUGAGUCUUAGUAUGCGGAUCAUCUCUGCAGAGUCUCCGGCCAGCCUUCUUAUUUUUGUAGAUUCGGCCAAGUUGCUUUCAUAUCUUGAACGAGCAAAGGCUGAAGACCUAACAUCUAUCCCAUGGGCCACUUGGGGAGAAUACUCGACACGCUGGAUAUAUUACUUGAGCGAACCAAAUCCGUGGAUCAAUUGGAUACAGGGAACCAGAUACGUUCUCGGAAGGCAAGUUGUCGAUGAACAAAAUGACGGUGACGACAUCCAGUAUAUUGCCAUUGCGGAUUUCCAUCAUCCUACUGUUCGCCGAUUUGCGUCUCGCCUUGAAGAUCACUAUGCUCUACCACUCCCAGAACACGACAUCAAACGGCGAGAGACUAUUGGUUCCGGUCGAUGGGCAUUUUUUGGCAAUUAUUCUGAACGGAAUCUCGAACCAGGGGUACUCGCGGUGGACUUUGUAGACACCGAAACCCCUACUGUUCUCCGUGGUCUCAGUCUAGACCCCAUUAUAUCACGACUUCCAUAUAGACUAGUCGUAACAAGGCCUGGCUCGUUGGUAGCGGAUUGUACCGACUGGAUGAUUGACGACAAUCGGAUUAUUGGAGUCGGACCAAACCCCACAACAGGGCGAUUUGGUGAUUUGAUAACCAUCCAGUCUCUGCAAAGCGGACCACACACCACCCCGUAUAAUCCCCCGCCCCAGUCUGAACUUGUUAAAAUGCUUCAUGAGUAG